AUGUUCGGCAAAUCUGUCCGGCAAGCCGAGCCAGGACUCCACUUCAAAUUGCCAUUCGGCAUUGAGAGAGCCAUUAACGUUCCGGUUCGGAAGGUCUUCAAAGAGGAAUUCGGUUUUCGGACCCUUAGAGCUGGCGUACGUACGCAGUAUGACACCCGCGAUUUCGCGGAGGAAUCCCUCCUCUUAACGGGUGACCUGAAUAUCGCCGAUGUGGAAUGGGUGGUUCAGUAUAAAAUCAAAGACCCAAAAAAUUUCCUGUUCUCUGUCCGGAACCCGCAGCGCACUUUACGCGAUCUCACAGAAUCGGUGAUGAGUCGCAUCAUUGGAGAUCGGACUGUCAGCGAAGUGCUGACGAUCGGUCGUAUCGAGAUUGCCGCAGAAGUUGAAGAACAUCUGCAACAACUCCUCGAUCUGUACCAGACAGGUUUGGAUGUGGCCGGUGUGACGUUGCAGGAUGUGAAUCCGCCGGAGGAGGUAAAGGCUGCCUUUAACGCUGUUAACGAGGCGAAGCAGGAGAAGGAGCGGUUGAUCAAUGAGGCGUGGCGCGAUUACAACCAAUCUGUUCCGAAAUCCAAAGGGUUAGCAUUACAAAUGAUUUCGGAGGCACAAGGUUACGCACUCAAACGUGUUAACGAGGCACAAGGCGAUGCGGAUCGGUUCAAAGCGAUUCGCACAGAAUAUCAGAAAGCGAAAGAGGUCACCCGCCGCCGCCUCUAUCUCGAAGCGAUGCAAGAGUUUUUGCCGCAGCUCAAGGAGAUUUAUAUUAUUGACGGGAACACCAACUCACCUAUCCCAAUUCUGCAACUGAAAGAGUAG